AUGUCUGUCACCCUUGAGGAUCUUAUGGUGCUGCAGAAUCAGACGAUGAAUUCCGUGUCGCGCGCAUUGUCGAAUUUCAAGAAGCUCGGCCAGGCAAAAAUGACACGGGCUGUAACGCGACAACGCCUCGCGACCCUGAAGGAGAACUUCGCCAAAUGCCGGACCUUGGAUGGACAAAUCACGCGUCUCUCCGACGAGAAAUUGAGAGCAACGCACUCGUACUUCACCGGUGCUUGUUUCGAGACAUGUGAGGACUGCUACAAUGAGGCCGCCGACUUCAUGGUUGAGGUACUCGCCAGUUACGAAACCGACCCUACACCUACAAUAACUGUAAGUGACCCGCAUGACUUUUCUCGACCAUCGCCGCAUCUGCCGAAGCUCAACCUCCCGACUUUCGACGGCAGCAUCGAUAAAUGGGAGACCUUCCGCGAUCGCUUCCAAUCAAUGAUUCAGAACGAUCCGAAUCUAUCCAAUGUAAAUCGUAUGCAUUAUCUGUUUUCGUGUCUAAAAGGAGCUGCAAGUAAAGCGCUUGACCAUCUCGCAAUCACUAACGCUAACUUCGAGGUCGCGUGGAAUAUUCUCGUGUCCCGUUACGACAACAAGCGUCGCCUUGUGACUACUCACUUGAUCUCGCUACUAGAUUUACCUACAGUUACCUCAGAGACCUCCAAAGAUCUUUGCAACCUGCGUGAUCAAGCUAACACCGCGAUACAAGCCCUCACUAACCUCGGUCGUGCCGUCAGACAUUGGGAUGACUUUCUUGUUUUGCUUGUAGCUCGAAAGCUGGACAAAACCUCACGUAAAGCCUGGGAACUCAAGCUAGGCGAUACCUUAGAAUAUCCAAGUUAUCAUGAACUUGACCAAUUUCUCGAGACUCGCAUUCGCGCGUUAGAUGCAAUAACACCAACGAGUUUGAAAGACACAUUACCGGAAUUGUCCAAAAGGAAAGCUAUUGCAUCACAUAACGCGGCCGCCGUUCCGUUUUCGUGUUCGCUUUGUAAAUCAAAUCAUCUAUUGUAUCAAUGCUCCAUGUUCCUAAAGAAAACGCCAUCCCAACGUUUCGACUUCAUUAAAUCGCAAAAGCGUUGCAUCAAUUGUUUUAGCAUAAAACAUUCUGUCAAGGACUGUACCAGUUCGCGUGCGUGCCGACAAUGCAGUAAGCGCCAUCAUACGUUGUUGCAUCUCGAUAAUUCCAUCGAUUCUGCAAAAACGAGCGAGUCCGAGCCAGCGUCGGCUUCGACAUCAGUCACCGCUGACACCGAAGUGGCGUCACACUUAAUGUCUCGUACCGUGGCGCCAAACUCCAAAAUUUUGCUUGCAACUGCCCGCGUUCGCGUGUAUUCCCCCCUCGGACGUUUCGUUACCGUGCGUGCCCUUAUCGAUCAAGGUUCCGUUUCAACCUUGAUGACCGAAUCGCUGGCUCAGAGCCUUCGGUUGCCAAAAGUUAAACGUGCCGUCUGUAUUACUGGCAUCGGCGAAACCCAAUCCAUUGUUCGCAGCGCUGCUCAGAUUACGAUUACCCCCGUUUCGCGCGAGGGACCUGCCUAUUCAACUACCGCGCUCAUACUUCGAUCGUUAACGAAAUAUAUACCAAGUCGAAUGAACACCGCAUGCACUUGGAAGCAUGUCGCUGGACUCAAGUUAGCCGAUAGCGAACCCAUGAGUUCCGACCCAAUAGAUCUCAUUAUCGGCGCUGAUUUAUUCGGCCUGCUCGUUCUCGAUGGUGUUCGAAAGGGUUCCGAACGCGAACCUACCGCGCAAAACACCACCCUCGGGUGGAUCCUUUCCGGUCCAAUCACCGCACCCUCGGUAAGCGACUCGACAUUCGUACACGCGCACCACGGAGUCGUUCUCGAAGGGCUUGACUUCGAUCUCCGUCGGUUCUGGGAGACCGAAGAGCUUCCUCAAAAGGUGCACCGAAGCCCUGAGGAAGACCGAUGUGAAGAGCAUUUUGUAGCUACUCACACUCGUUCGUCCAAUGGACGUUAUAUAGUGAGACUUCCGUUUAAAAACGGACCGCCUAUUUCGUUGGGUGAGUCGCGAUUCACCGCCUUAUCGAGUCUCUAUCGCAUGGAGCAACGUCUUCGUCGCGAACCAGCCAACGCUACCGAGUAUCGCGAUUUUCUCAGUGAAUACGAGAACCUCGGCCACAUGACCAAAAUUCCGUCGACCGACUCUAUCGAGUCACCAUUUCGCUAUUAUAUACCGCACCAUGCCAUCCUACGCGACAGUAGUGCAACCACCCGCUUACGCGUUGUAUUCAACGCAUCGUGUCGAACCACCAACGGUACAUCGUUAAACGACCACAUGAUGAUAGGCCCGAAGCUUCAAAAGGACUUAGCUACCAUUAUCAUGCAGUGGCGUCAACACCGGUAUGUUUAUACCGCCGAUAUCGCCAAGAUGUAUCGGCAAAUUCGCGUUGAUUCUCGCGAUACUAAUUAUCAACGCAUCCUUUGGCGCCCUUCUACCAGUGAACCCGUCAACGAUUACCGUCUCGAAACCGUCACGUAUGGCACAGCUGCCGCUCCAUAUCUCGCUCUCCGCGUUUUAGAGCAACUCGCCAACGACGACGGUGCUCAUUUUCCGUUAGCAGUUCCCGUUUUGCGUCAUCACACUUAUGUGGAUGAUUGUGCUUUCGGUGCCGACGAUAAAAUCCUCGCGCGUCAAACUCGCGAUCAAUUAAUUCAGCUCCUCAACAAAGGAUGUUUUCGCCUUAGGAAGUGGGCAAGCAAUUCCGAAGAACUCUUGUCCGAUAUCGAUCCCGCCGAUCACGGACUAGCCACUAAUAAGGUUCUUCAGGGAGACAAGCAUCUCAAAGUCUUAGGGAUCAUUUGGAACCCGACCCAUGACAUCUUCCAAUUUCGCGUGUCUAUCCCGUCUUCGCCCGGUAGAACGAAACGAGCGAUCCUGUCACUUAUCGCCAAGUUUUUCGAUCCUCUUGGCUGGGCGACACCGGUUAUUAUUACAGCAAAGAUAUUUUUGCAAUGUUUGUGGUCGCUCAAGUGCUCAUGGGAUGAUGAAAUUCCUAGUCAACAUUACGACAAUUGGCUGAAAUAUUACAAUCGGCUUUCGUGUCUCGAUGCAAUUAGAAUUCCCCGCUGGGUGGCAUAUGGCUCUCACACCAUUCACAGCGCUCUUCAUGGCUUUUCCGAUGCUUCGACCUCUGCGUUUGCCGCCGCCGUGUAUCUUCGUACCGUUCAGAUCGAUGGAUCAAUUACCGUCUCGCUUUUGAUCGCCAAGUCUAAAGUAGCACCACUUAAAACCAUGAGCAUACCUAGACUCGAAUUAUCGGCUGCUCAUCUUCUCGCUCGCUUAAUGCAUUUUUCUCGUUUAGCUCUCCAACUGCCGACUAUCGAAUGUCACUGUUGGACCGAUUCAACCGUUACGCUCGCAUGGUUGAACCAAUCACCCUCUCGAUGGAAAACCUUCGUCGCCAAUCGGGUCUCCGCGAUCCAUUCCCUUCUUCCCGAUGUCCCGUGGCGGCAUGUACCGACACAAACAAAUCCCGCGGACUGCGCCUCUCGCGGUCUCGCUCCUGAUGCCCUAGAAAAGCACAACCUUUGGUGGUCCGGCCCGUUGUGGCUGCGCCAACCACCCGACGGUUGGCCGAAUGCAAAUCCUUCCGUAUCGCCGGACGCUCCUCUCGAGGAACGCCCUCAGCCAUCCGUACCCGUCUUCCACUCCGCACCGAACUGGGACCUUGCGUCUCGAUUCUCCUCGUGGCCGAAGCUACUCCGUGUUACCGCAUACCUUUAUCGUUUUUUGUCUCGCCAGAAACGUUCCGAUUCCUUUAGCUCCGCAAGCCUACAACCCGACGAGAUUGACAAGGCUAAAUUUUACUGGCUAAGGUCCAUUCAGGCAGAUAUGUUUCCGCUCGAGCUUGCGGCCUUGUCCCGUCAAAGUCCGCUGCCGAAAAGCAGCUCCUUAUCUUCUCUCAAUCCGUACCUGGAUUCCGACGGUCUUCUCCGCGUAGGAGGACGACUUCGUCACGCACGUCUCCCAGGGGCGACAAAAAACCCGAUCGUAGUCCGCUCACAUCCGCUCUUGUCGCUCAUAAUCGAGCACCAUCAUAUGAGAACGCUGCACGCCGGCCCACAACUCACACUCGCAUCGCUACGGAGUGAGUUUUGGCUCCUUCGUUCCCGCGCUACCGUACGUUCCGUGCUUUAUAAAUGCAUUAAAUGCACCCGUGAACGAGCUGAAGUACCAGUCGAACUUAUGGGCGAUCUACCGGAUGUAAGAGUUAACCGCACAUCCCGCGCAUUCGUUCACACCGGCGUUGAUUAUGCAGGACCUAUCGUCGUCCGUACCGCUCCCGGCCGAGGUCAUAAAUCGCAGAAGGCAUACAUCGCGCUUUUCGUAUGCCUCACGACCAAGGCUAUUCACCUUGAACUUGUUACCGAUUACAGUUCUAUUACGUUUAUCGCCGUGUACCAGCGCUUUGUUUCUCGGCGAGGACUACCGCAGUCCAUGUACUCGGAUAAUGGAACAACAUUCAAAGGUGCCGAUCGUGAAUUAUCCCAAGCGCAUGCAAAGGCAAUUCGCGAUCCAAAUUUUUUAAAUUGUCUCGCGACCGACAAGACGGCGUGGCAUUUUUUACCUCCCGCCGCACCGCAUUUCGGCGGCUUGUGGGAAGCUGGCGUGCGCAGCAUGAAGCAUCACCUCAAGCGAUGUAUCGGUCUUUAUACGCUAACUCUUGAAGAGAUGACCACGCUUCUCUGUCGCGUCGAAGCAUGCCUUAAUUCGCGCCCUCUUGCCGCUAUUUCCGACAGUCUCGAUGAUUACCGAGCGCUAACCCCGGGACAUUUUUUGACCGGAUCCCCGCUUAUCGCCAUCCCCGAGCCUAGCGUGCUCGAUCUGAACGAAAAUAGGCUUUCCCGCUGGCAGACGAUCCAGCGCCUAACCGAAAUUUUUUGGAGGUCUUGGUCAAGUGAUUAUUUGCAGACCCUUCAACAACGCCCAAAAUGGCGCGUUGUCGUACGAUUGGCCAAAGUUGGUCAGAUCGUUCUCGUGCGCAAUCCGUUGACUCCGCCGAGCCACUGGGAACUCGGCCGCAUUACUGCCUGUCAUCCCGGUGACGACGGCUUGACCCGAGUUGUAACCGUUCAAACCAGCCGGUCAGAAUAUCGGCGACCCAUCGCAAAAUUGUGUUUCCUUCCCGUGGAUAUCAAUACCGAAGAAGCAAAAGGAUCUGUCACGGCGGGCGGAGUCUCGACCUAA